GAGUUUUAAAAAUUAAAAGAUACAAACUAUGCUGAAAUCGUUAUUUUAAAAUUAUAUUUGUUGUUAAAAAGGAAAUGUAAGAAGAAGAAAACAAAUUAAAUGAUAUGUUCGCGUGGAUUCACGUGUACUCAUUGGUAAUUUGUUUACUUCAGAACAAAUAGUAUAGAAGUUUGAAGAAAGCCGAGACUUGAAUCACAAAUUUGAUCAUGUGAAUGAUUUGAAGAACUAAUUAAGUCGGACGGCCGACUUCAGUAAAAUUAACAGUCGACCGGCACAUGUUUGAUCAACUUCUUAAAUAAAUCAUAUUUUCAAGUUAAUUCAAAAGAUACUAAUAUUUUCUUACAUUAGUAAUAUGCCUUCUACAAUAGUCAUUGUAACAUCUAGCUAUAUAUAGCUAAUAAGUCUCAUCAAACGAGUCACAUUGUUCCAGCACAUGAUCAUCAAAACAAAAUAAAGAUAAGACAUGAUAUUAAUUAGCACAUCUUUUACAAACUAAGGAUUAACAUAUAUUGAAAACAUCCAAAGAUGGGGUAAAAACAAAUCGAUUAGGGCUUGGGAAAAGACAGAAAAGGGGGAUUUAAGAUCCCAAAGAGAAGAAAAGGAUUUUAUGGAAAAGUGGGUUUGAGAGAGACAAAGGAGAAGGGGUGAAGAGUGUAAAGUAGACAAAGCAAUGGGGCAGUUGAGAACAAGAAGAAUAGUGAAAGCCACCACACACAUAUACAUUUAUCUCUCAAAUUUUGUAGUAGUAAAAAAUGAAAAAGGGAAAAAAGAAUGAAAGAAAAGGAGUGAUGGAGACAGAUGGAAGAAUGUCACGUCGUUUUAAGCUCCUUCGCAUCUCCCCAUAUCAUUCAUUUCCCAGAAUUCCACGUUCUCCUUUCUCUUCUUUCUCCCCUCUUACUUGUCAAUCUCAUCUGCUCCUUUUGAUUUUCAUUCAUAAUAAUACUACUAACUACUAUAUUCUAGUAGCUACUGAUGUAUAUGAGAUUUCAAAUAAAAAACUCAAAAAUGUAGUUACAUAAUUCCAAUAAUAGUUUUGUGAAUUAGUACACCGGCCAUGUAGUUAGUAGUAGUCAAAUAAUUUUCUUUGAUCGUACGUAGUAGUUUGUCAUGAUAAUCCUUUUGUUUGUUUGAAUGGUUUUGAUGUUAACGGUGUUCCCAGAGAGGCAAUAUAAUCAAUGCAUCUAUUGAAUCGCUAAUUAGUACUAUUAGUGUUCUUGGAAUCUGUCCUAUAUGUAUGUCAGUUGUUGAUAAAUUAUGAUGUGUUUAAGUGUACUCAUCGGCAAAUCAACCUGAAAUUUUAAUUUUGUAUUACGCAUUUUUAAUACCAUGUUCAUAAGCAAUCCUGAACUAUAACUUCUUUUAGUUAUAGGUUAGGGAACAAAUUGGAGUAGAGAAGAUUUUUCAUGUAAGUAUGGGUGCAUCCGGGUUAUAGUGUCUAUGAAGAAUAUACAGGUUACAUUAACUAUAUAUGUUGUCAAUCAAAUCUAUACAAGGCAUAGAGAUUUAAUAUUGAUAUACAUAUGUACAAUACAAUGAAAUUAAUUACUAUUAUUAAAAGAAUUAACGCAGUACAUUCUUCAUGCAAAAUAAAUCUAUUGUGUCUGUUUUUUUGUUCAAAUUAAAAGAAUUCUGUUAUGUUAUACGUCUUUUAUAUAAAAAUGAUUUGUUUGUGAAAUCCGGUGGUGAUUUUAUAAAAUAAAAGGGAAAAAACCGAGAAAACAAAUAUAUGAUUCUAAUUUAGCAAAAAAAAUAAAAUAAAUGAUUCUAUCCGUAUGUAGAAUAUUAAUUUGUUAAAAAAACAAUUAAAAAGAAUGCGUGGUCUACUCUCUCGCUAUAUAUAUACAUAUGCGUGUGCUUGCAGAAACCCAAAUUGCAUGCUCCCAUUCUCAGAUUCACAUACAAAGAUAUUUCAACAUUCAGACCCACAAACCAUCCAAUAGCACUUUCUACUACAUAUUUGUCUAUUUCCUCCUUCUACCAUAUAAUUCGCAUCUCCUAAAUAUCAAUAAAAUAAACAGAACCCUAAUAUCCAGUUGUUGUUUUUUAUGAACAUUUAGUUGUUAUCUCUCUCUCCGCUCCAAAAUACAUACAUACAUACAUACAUACAAAAAUAAACUAGUUCUAAAUGUGGAUGAUGGGUUACAACGAAGGAGGUGCAGAUUCCUUCAACGGAGGAAGAAAACUUCGUCCUCUCAUCCCACGCCUCUCCUCUUGCCCCAGUGCCGCCGCAAACACCAACUCCGACCACCGCUUUAACAUGGCAGUGAUGACUACAAUGACGGCUGAGCAGAACAAAAGGGAGCUCAUGAUGCUAAACUCAGAGCAUCAACAUCCACCUAUGAUGGUGAGCUCACGGUGGAACCCGACACCGGAUCAGUUAAAAGCUCUUGAAGAGCUUUACCAACAAGGAACUAGAACUCCUUCUGCCGACCAUAUCCAACAAAUCACCGCGCAGCUACGUAGGUACGGAAAGAUCGAAGGCAAAAAUGUUUUCUAUUGGUUCCAAAACCACAAAGCACGUGAACGCCAAAAACGGCGACGACAGAUGGAAAAUGGCCACGACGAAUCUGUCUUUACGACAACCAGUCUUGUCUCAAAUCACGGUUUCGACAAGAAAUAUCCACCAGGUUACAAGGUUGAACAGACGAAGAACUGGAUAUGUUCGGUCGGAUGCGACACACAACCACAGAAACCUCAUGAACUUCAUCAUCAGGAGGAGCCUGUCUCCAUAGCAUUAGCAACAAAGGGCAAUGGUCGUUAUGUAGGAAACGAGAGACAAAGCUUUCCCGGGAGAAAUGCCAUGUCGCAAAUGAUGCAGCUUGCACCUGGACAUUACCCUUCUUCACGACAACAACAGCAUCAUCAUGAACUCAUUCUCAAUUCCACUACUGUUAGGUCUAGCUUCUCCACUAGCAACAGUACUGUUUCGGCUGCUAAAGAUACCGUCACAGCUUCACCUUCAUUUCUGAGGACAAGAGCAGCAACCAACACAGGAACUUGUGAUGAUAAUAAAGAUCAAGAACGUCAUGAAGAUUGCUUAAACGGUGAACUGGAUCAUCAAGAAAAGACACUAGAGCUGUUUCCACUGAGAAAAGAAGGGUUUUGUAACAAUGGUGGAGAUGAUGGGAAAGAGAAAGAGAGCGCCAUUCACUGUUUCUAUGAGUUUCUUCCAUUGAAGAACUAAUACCUACUUGAUUUUGUUUUUCAAGAGCAAUAUGUUUUUUGUGUGUUUUAGAUUAAGUAAUCAAUCAAGUUAUAGUGUGAGAAAAAGGAUUAAUUAAGUAAGGUUUUGUUUGGGAGUCAGGGUAGAGACGUGUCUUUAUGGUGUUGAUGUUAACAUUUCAUAGGCGUUUGCCUUUAUAUGCACUUUGGACCACUCUCUUUAAAUA